UGUGGAGGCCGAUAGAAGCUACAAAUAUUACCGUACGAUACACAUUCUACUCUAGCAAGCAUGGAAGAGAAGGUGAGGAAGGGGCAGCAAAACCAGUGCGUGAAAAGCGAGAAAAAAGAAGCGACCAGUGCCGAGGCGGACGAAGAUGACACUGACUCUAAGUUAGAUGUAAGCUCUGAACACUUUGAUCCGAUGUUGGCACUGUACUCCCCGAAAUUCAGCCUGCCCUUCCCGGACGUAAGGUGCUUUAACAACGUCGCCGAGUAUGAGAGUUUCCUCCGAGGCGGUCGGGGGAGAGCUAAGCCCGAAAAUGUGGAGAAAAAGAAGAGGAAGGCGCAGAAAGGCGUCGCCGACCCGGAGAGGAUCGAGAGACUGAAGAAGCUGAUGGUAAAGGCUGCGCCGCCGGAAGGAGAAGAGAGCGGCAGCUCCAGGAGGCCUCCCCGAAAGCAGAAAGCGCCCAAGAACGUCCUGACAAGGAUGCAACUGCAUUCAGGCAGUCCGCUGGGGGAGCUUCACCGCUGCGUCAAAGACCGGGUCCGAGUCAAAGUGCACAUUCGCACCUUCAAGGGUCUCCGUGGCGUCUGCUCCGGCUUCGUCGUGGCCUUUGAUAAGUUCUGGAAUAUGGCCAUGGUGGACGUAGAUGAGACAUACAGGAAGCCGCUGCUAGGGGAUGCAAUUCUGCACGCGCCAUCUCUCACCGUCACCAGACUCUUCGAAAGGUUGAAACUGCAGGAGAGUCCGGAGCCCGGGCAGAGCGGGGCAGCGGGGGACUCCGUGUCAGAGGCUGCUGCACAGAAGCCUGUUUUCCCCACGAGCCGUCAGCCGAGCACCGGGCAGUCGGGGACGGCAGAAGGACAGGGCUCAACGGCCAGAAAGGAAGGGAAAAGGACAAAAGCGGACUACCAAACGGUGCACACACGGCACAUAAGCCAGCUGUUCAUCCGAGGAGAGAACGUGCUGCUGGUUCACGUACCGCCGUAGGGUCAUGGGCGGGUGGGGAGCACAGUCCUGCUAACCUGCUAACAGAGGACUGGCUCUCCAGUCACACUGCUGCUGGGGCACAUUUUAUACACCUUUAACAUCAUGGUGGCUUCCUCCAGCACAGGUGCUGUUCCAGUCUGAGAAACUUAAUGUUCCCCUACAGGACUGUCAGGAACUCAGCUACAUGUAAUUUGUUUAUGGGAGUAAGGACACCGUUUGAUUAGCUUUGUAGAUGUAUUCAUAUAUCUUUGAAAACCAUACCUCAGAUGUGGUCUAGCCUUCAUACUGGACUAGGGUAACUCAUUUAAAAGUUUCAUUUGUACAGAACUGCGGGGCAGCUAACUCUGGUACGCCCACCUUUCUGCCCACUGACGGAUAUCACACUGACCAUUUAUAAUCAUUUAAUUUUAUGGCAAAACAUUAUCUCCUGUAUCAGGAUAAUUUUUGAAGUGUGUAACAUAAUAAACAUCUUGUAGGGUUUGACAUGG